AUGCCAAAGAAAAAUGCUUUAGAUAAGUAUUAUUCAAUGAGUCUUAUCAAAAUAUCCUCACAAAUGCUCGAUGAGUACCGCAUCGAUGCAAAAGCUGGAAUUGCGAUUAAUGCUGCAAUCGGAGUAAUUACAGCACUCUUCAAAAAACGCCCUGUUCCUGAAAGCAAGUUCAGGAAAAUGGUUAAUACUCUUAUCAAAAACUAUGAUGAAUAUCCUGUAGCUAUGAAUUCAUUAGGUAUUGCACUCAGCAUUUACUUUUUAUUGGAUUCCAAUAAUGAUCGGAAAGAAGAAAGAAAGUUUCAAGAUCGAGUGAUAGAUACAUUCAGAAACUAUCCGCCGAACUUAUGGGAACAGCGUCUAGCUGAGAUUCGAACCGAUGUUGAAAGUUUGAAAAGUCGACAGUUGACUAUGGGAGCCAUCAAACUUUUCAUGUCCGCUUCCUUUGGUUACUAUGCCUAUGCAGGUACUCUGAGUACUCUGGGACGUACCGUUACAGCCCUUUAUUCAGUUGCCAGUGGAACAGCUGCUCUAAUCAAUGGAGUCAAUUACUACAAUUUACACGAGCUCGUUAGACGACUUCAAAGAGAUGGCCGUUUGAAUUAA